AGCCCUCGGGCGCUCGUAGGUGGUUGUAUUGCUGCGCGCCGUCUGCGGCUGCUGCGGGAACAUGGCGACGCUGAAGGCCGUGUGCGUGAUGAAGGGGGACGGCCCCGUGGAGGGGGUCAUCCACUUCCAGCAGCAGGGGAGCGGGCCAGUAAAGGUUACUGGAAAAAUUACUGGCUUGUCUGAUGGAGAUCAUGGCUUCCAUGUGCAUGAAUUUGGAGACAACACAAAUGGGUGUACCAGCGCAGGUGCUCACUUCAAUCCUGAAGGCAAGCAGCAUGGUGGACCAAAAGAUGCAGAUAGGCACGUGGGUGACCUCGGCAAUGUGACUGCAAAGGGAGGAGUGGCAGAAGUAGAAAUAGAAGAUUCUGUCAUUUCUCUUACCGGACCACACUGCAUCAUUGGCCGUACCAUGGUGGUCCAUGCAAAAAGUGAUGACCUGGGUAGAGGGGGAGAUAAUGAGAGCAAACUAACUGGAAAUGCUGGACCUCGUUUAGCUUGUGGUGUAAUUGGAAUAGCCAAGUGCUAACCGUUGUACCUGAAAUGCUUAAGAUGGCAGUGGGAAAUGAGCUGUAUUUCAUUGUGAUUGCUGUACUUGCUCUUCCGUGUGCAAGCAAAAGAUUUAUCACUUAAUCUCAUUACUACUCUGCGUUCUUGAGUAUCAGUUUAACUGGUGAAUACUGACAUAAUUUUGUAUUAUGUAUAUUGCAAUUAAAGUGUUACUAAUGGAAAAAAUCUCUGUAGUCUUCUGCUAAAGCAUCUGCUGUAACCAUUUGAAGUGCAGUCUUCACUAACUGAAACUCCUGUUCUGUGUAAUGGAAGAUGGUUGAUUGGGAUCACAUGCUGAACACCAAAGCUGCUCCUAUAUUAUGGGAUUUAGAAGAUGAGGAGUCUUAGGAGCUCCAGCAAGGCUACUCACCAAAUAGCAGUAGGCGGUUUGCAGCACUGUUUGUUUCAAACUUGAGUAAUAAAGUUGCUGGGCAAAACUUA